AUGGUCACCAGCCACGCACGUCCAGGAUCCACCAUUGUCAUCGAGUCGAGUGUCUCGGUUGGCAUGACUCGUACACUCCUCCAUCCGUUCAGUAACAAGUUCCAUUGUGGAAUGUCUCCCGAAAGAGUCGACCCAGGAAGAACACAGCCUCCAGCUAGGGACAUCCCGAAGAUUAUAUCCGCGCUGUCUGCGCCAGCGUUGAUCAGUAUCAAUCGAAUCUACUCGCAAGCCUUUGCAACUGUGGUUCCGGUUCCCAGCCCGGAAGUUGCCGAGAUGACAAAGCUCUUUGAGAACUGUUAUCGAAUGGUGAAUUGUGCGUUUGUGAAUGAGGUUGCGGACGCAUGUGUGGCCAAGGGCAUCGACAUUGAUGAGGUAGUGGCAGCCGCAGCGACCAAACCUUUCGGCUUCCAGUCUUUCAAACCAGGUCUAGGAGUUGGAGGCCAUUGCAUACCUAUCAACCCUUUCUACCUCAUGGCUAAUAACGAGCUUCCGUUGCUUCGAUGUGCUACAGAUGCUACCUGGGCUCGUCCUCGUGUCGCCGCAAAGAAAUUCCUGGCCACGUCGGAAGUCCUACCGCGGGUGCUUGUCAUUGGAGUGGGCUUCAAACCCGGGGAAAAAGUGGUGGACUGUUCUCCUGGAGUGGCUUUUGCAGAAGAGUUGAAGUCUCUGGGAUGCGAAGAGGUGGCCUUCUAUGAUCCCUUGGUGGAGCAAGACCGUGUUCCAGGUGUCCGAAAGCUGGAAAACGAUGCUUAUGAUGCCGAGAGUGUCGACGCUGCAUUUGACCGUGUUGUUGUCUGUAUUAAACAGGACCAGGUUGACUGGACGGUCGUGAAGAGAUUAAACGUUGAUAAAGUGACGUGGUUUUGA